AUGUCCGAAGGCGACACAUUCGACAGCCCCUUCAGCUUGUCCCCACGUUCCACGGCUGGGAAGUUCACCGAACACACGAUCACGGCCACUCUGAUCGCGAUCGCCUGGUACAAUGCCAUCGAACUGAUCGUCCUCUGCUUUGCGACGUUUAAGCGGUAUGGCGGGUGCUACUUCUGGUGCCUGCUCAUCUCCUCGAUCAGCAUCAUCCCCUUCGCGCUGGGAUAUCUCUUGCUCAUCUAUAAUAUCUACGACAACCUAUUCCCGGUGGCGAUGGAGCUGAUCGCGUGGUGUGGAAUGGUCACAGGCCAGUCCCUUGUCCUUUGGUCACGAUUGCAUCUCGUCGUGCACAACCCAGCCAUCCUCCGAUACACUCUUGCCAUGAUCAUCACCAGCGCCAUCAUCUUCCACAUCCCUGCCUCCGUUCUUGAGCUCGGCUCCCACUCCAAUAAAUCCUAUUUGUUCAACAAAGGGUUCAGCGUCUUCGAACGCAUCCAGCUUGUGGGCUUUUCUUUGCAAGAGGUCAUUUUGUCCGCCAUAUACUCCUGGGAGGCAGUCCGUCUGCUCAGUCUCCGCCCUCGACGCGAGUACAAGGGCACCUUGAUCCAGCUGCUGGUGGUCAAUAUGAUCAUGGUCUGCAUGGAUGCCGCCAUCAUCGGCGUGCAGUACUCCGGCCUCUUCGAUAUCCAUGUCACCCUCAAAGCCAUGUGCUAUAGCAUCAAACUUAAACUCGAAUAUGCCGUUUUGGGCAAGUUGGUCGUCUUCGCUGAGAUGUCGGGCAGCAAUUCGGCGCCUACCGACCUGUCGGAUUUCGUGGACCUGUCAUACCACCAUAAUAACCAACUCCCUCAGGAUGACGAUGAUAGUCGCACAAGAAGUGCUGGCGAGAGUCCUGAUCGCCGUGUGCAGAUCUCCUCGAAGGAUUCCUCCUCUGUGGCCCCGCUGCGUGUUAGCUACUGCAUGGAGGACGACAGUCGGAACGAGAUGUAA